UCAGCAAAGUCAGCCACAUCUGUGAGCGAUGUCGACAUCAAUGACGUCACCUUGACUUUGAAGGAAUUGAAAGAGUUAUUGCCGCAGUAUGCUAUAAAAAGGCUUAUUAAUCACUAUAAGGAGCAAAACAAACAGAAAACCAAUGUUCCUUGCGAUCGUGAUCUAAUGAAACUGCAGGACGCUAUUUCUACGAUAGCCCACUUCACACAAAAUCCAUCUCAUCCCGCGGUGGAAAAGGUUGAGCCAACCGAUCCGGAUUUUCUCUGUCUAUGCAAAGCCUUUAAUAUGAUCCAUUCUAAUGCUGUUCCCCAACCGUUCACUGAUUCUUCCACUACUACUUUCACAGACACAACUACAAACACUCGAAGUGUUACAGGGAAUCCAAUCACAACAGAGCAGUCUAUUACUGGAAUCUCUACACCAUUUACAGGAGCAGCGGAACAGUUUGCGUUAGUGGACUGA